GAAAAGGAGCAAGAAAUCGAAACAGAAAUCAAGCACUCUCCUCCUUUUCAUCAUCAAAUAGUACAUAAGCCCAACCUAAUCAGUGCCAAACAUAGCUACUUCAAAAUCAUAAUCGAACUUCAUUUACAGUACCAAUCGGCCUUCUUCUUCACCCAAUCAUCUAGGGCUUCCUCGACAGAUUUCGUCUUGGCCUUGGCGGCGUCGUACCCGAAUUUCUUCGUCUUGACAGGAGACAGCUCGUCAGAAAUUCCAACUAUCUGUUGAAGAUGUACUUCGGAUUUCGACGGCUGCAUCGUGUUUUCCAAGUUUUUCCCGCUGCCUUUUACCCGUCAUCUACAACGGGCAUCAAUGUUUUAACCGACGGCAGCGGCGCUGCAGCUUGGUUAUGCGAGGGGUUUGGUGUAGCUGGCCGUCAUUGGCAGAGGUAUUCAACUCGAUCAAAGAGGAAAGAUAAGGCGGUCUCCAAGGACAAUGCUUUGUCCUUUAUUCGGUCUUUGCUUCAUCAGCCUAGAGGACCUUCUCACUUCUGGUUGAAUACGGCUCCAGGAAGGGAAAAUAUGAUCAAGGGAGAUGGGGUUUUACUAGUUGUUGUUGUUCAAUAUAAUGGAGGAUCAUUUGAGGCUAAUCAAAAUACUACCAAAAUGAUUGAAAAGGCAAAAUCACUUCAGCAGAGAUAUCCUCACCUUCAAGUUAUUGCUUUGCAACUCUGUCCAUCAGUAUGUCUGGAUGAUAUUUCUUCACAUCUUCGGACAAUCACCAAGGGUUACAUUACUUUUCCUAUCUUGUUGUCGAACAAGAAUAUUCCUGAGGAGACAAAUGUCCCCUGCUUCUUAUUGUCAAAAGGUCUUCAGAAUCCAACAAUGUACCCUGGAAAGGAUGUGGAUCUUAUGGUUCUUCACAAAGAUAUUAAUGAUUUCAAUGCUGAAGUUAGCAAGGACACUAAUGUCGUUGAUGUGAAAAGCACUUGGAACAAGCCCAUUGAAGUUUUUAAGGAACCAGAUGUUUGUUCCGCUUUGUGGAAUUUAUUGUUUUCCUUCCCAGCAUGCAUUUCAGCAGAUGCGGGUGGCAAUCGGUUAUUCCUUUCUGAUGUUAAUCAUCACAGGAUUAUUGUGCUCAACAGCAAUGGAAAUAUUUUGGAUGCGAUUGGUUCUUCUCCUGGUUUUGAAGAUGGAGAGUUUGAAAUGGCAAAGUUGAUGAGACCGGCAGCUUCUUUCUAUGAUUCUUCUGAAGAUUGCCUAUAUUUCGUGGAUUCUGAGAAUCAUGCCAUCAGGAGGGCUGAUAUGGAGGCGAGGGUUGUGGAGACUGUUUUUCCAGUAAGUGGUGGUAGUCAGGAGAAGGGUUUGUGGGAGUGGAUUGUAGAUAAGAUAUGGAGUAAAAGGAGUAUAAAGAUGAAGUCGGAAGAGUAUAAUCCUGAAUCACUCUUGUUCCCUUGGCAUCUUCUGAAGUCAUCAGAAAACGAUAUCUUUGUACUCAAUAAAAGCUUUGGAACUCUGUGGAUUGUAGAUUUGAAAUCAGGCCUUAUCAGAGAUGUUAUAGAAGAUGAUUCUUGAGAAAUGUGAGCCACUGCGGCAGUUGCCUGCGCAUUGGUUGAAGCAGCAAGUUGAUACAAAUUGUUCGCUGGAGGAAAUCCAAUAUGGCAGUCUAAUGUCAUCAGUUACCUCUUGUCAGGAUGAUGUAGUAUU